AUGAAUGGAGCUCCUCGUAAACGCCACCAUGAUGGACGCGCUGAGGGCGUCGAAGUGACGCACACUUUAUCCUAUAAGAAAGCGCGGACACUGGCGAUCCCACAGACAGCGCUUGAUGUCGCUGGAGUGAGCAGAAGCCGCAGUAAAAUCCGUCAACAUGAAGCGACCAAUCCUGAGUCUGAAGCGAUCGAAGAGGAGGAAGAAAUCGAGGGAGAACAACUGACGGAGAUGCAAAGUCAAGACACGGAGGGGGAAGAAGAAGGCGCCAUGCCUCUCGUGGUCUUCCAAUGCAGCACAUGUCGCUCCAUUUUUGGGGAUUCCUACGCCUUCGUGUGCUCCACAGAGCAGCUCUGGCUAGUAACGUUAAGUCACGUGACCAACGUGGCGCUGGCUCCUGAAGUGCAAACAGCCAAUAGCGGACUGGACGCAGGUAGUUCGUACUAUGAAUUACUGUGUCAUAACUGCCAAGCCGUCCUCGGACGCAAAUAUUUAACUACGCCAGUGGCGUUGGAUGGGAUCCGGGACUUAUUUAGUUUUUCGACCGAGGCAAUCACAAGUUACACACUGGGAGACCCCAUGCAGAAAGGUGAAAGUGGAGAAGAUGAGUGGAUGAAACAAGCAGCAAUAGCGUGUCAUGAAACGAUGCAGAAACUGGCCGCAGAUAGGAACGAAGUUGCGAGAUUGAGAGACGAAAUGGACAAGGUCAAAGGGCUCAUGGUGACGGUGGACGACCGACUCGCACACUUGGAAGGCGCUGCACCUGCGAAAUCCAAGGCCUAA